AUGACAAAUCCAUACUAUCAAUCUUUCACUCCUCCAUAUGUUAGUGUUCCAUCACCAUUUUAUUAUCACCCCAUUUCUCCUUAUUACUCUACUGUCACAACUAUACCACCUACAUCAUCUAACCCAUACACAUCAUAUCCACCUUCACCUAACUCAUACCAACCAGAACCCCAAAAUUCCAAUUUACAAUCAGAAACAUUUUACCAAGAUCUGGAAACUCUGAAACAAUAUUUGAUUGAAACUCAUGAGUUAUCGAACAAAUAUAGAGAAGAGUUGAAAGAACAAAUUCAGAAUAUUUCUGAUUCCUUCAAAAAAACACACAAAAAAUGGAAAGAGAGAUAUGUUGGGCUGAAAACUACAAAAAAACCUUUAGAAAAAGAAGAAAAAGGAGCAUCUCCGGUGACGUUGCUGGCUCCGAUGACAACCCCGACGGCUUCUCCAACAAGCAUUCCGGCGGUAUCUCCAUCUAGAACUCCGACGAAAUUUCCGACGUCUUUUCCGGCGAAAUUUCCGACAUCUUCUCCGGCGGAUCUACCACCAUAUCUGUUACCGGAACCAACAGAUCUGCAUUCAGAACCACUGCAACCAACUCCGGCGAGUAUUCCGGCGGCAUCUACGGAAAGAAGUCCGACGACUUUUCCGAAGGUAUAUCUGGUAUCACUUCCGGUGAUAGUUCAGACAGAUUCAUCGUCAAAAAACAGAACAACGUCACCUACAAAAACAACUCUCUCACCGGAAAAGAGAAUAUUAUCUCGGAAGAAAACCACAACGUUGCCACUACAGCCUAAACCACUGAAUAUGUUUCAAUCUACUAUUGACUGUAUAAAGGUGAGAGCUUUACAUUUGAAAUCAUUGUUUGAUAGCAAAACAAAGAUAUGUUUUAAACUUUCGGUGUCGGCGCCGCCACCAAAGCCACCGGAACUGUCACCACCACUCUCACCACAAACACCAUUUAUCAGCCACCACCGACCACCGCCGGAACCACCACCAUUUUAG